AUGCGAGGUUGUCUCUCCAUCAAGGCCGUGGGCUUUGCCUUUCUCUCGCUCGCCAGCGCCCAGGAUGUAUCUGAGAACCUGGCCGGUGCCAUUGCUGACUACGAUUCUCUCUCCCUAUUCCGUUCCCUCCUCAGUGCGGCUCCUCAAGUACUGGCUGAGACUCUUUCCAGCCAGGGCAGCAAUGUCACCAUACUGAUCCCUACCGAUAAUGCUAUCAAGAGUUAUCUCAAAGACUCUAGCAUUUCAGAUGUCACCGAAUUGAACCAGACAAUGCUCCAAGUUUUUUUCUCGUAUCAUUCCAUGGCGGCUUCACUCUCAUCCACAGACUUCGAUGAUUCCCGUGGACUUUCCGUUCCCACUUUGUUGAAGAGCGAAGAGUUCAACAACAGAACCGCGGGUCCUCAGAUCCAGAGCCAGUUCGGUAACAGCGCUGAUGGUCAGGUCGUGUUCGCUUCGAGGGAACGGAAGGGAAAGAGAGCUGAUGGAGAUAUUAGCGGCACCAUCAUUAAUCUCCGAGCAGGUGAGGAGCAAAAUAUCAAAAUGACUGCUGUCGAUGGAUCUUGGGGUGAGAAGAAUGCCAGUCGGUUCCAAAUCGUGGAUAAGGUCCUUCUUCCCCCUCUAUCCUGCUCCAAGACGGUUCAAGCUGCCGACGACAAGAGACUCACAGCCUUGAACGGUGCUCUUAUCAAGGCAGGUCUGUGGCCUGCUCUCGACGCCUCAAAGAACGUAACAUGUCUUGCACCCUCUACCCAAGCGUUCAAGGACGCAGGAAGUCCUGAUGUUGAGUUAUCGAAAGAGGAUUUGGGUGGAGCGCUAUUGGCCCAUACCCUCAACGAAGUUACCUACUCCAAUUACCUCCGUGACGGUCAAGUCAUUGGAACUCUGAAUAAGACCGAGGUCCGAGUUAGAAUCAUAAAUGACGAAAUCUACUUCAACAAUGCCAAGGUGAUUGAGGCGAAUGUCCUCACAAAUAACGGCCUCAUCCAUAUCCUCGAUUCAGUCAUUCAAGCUGGAGGAAAGCCCAGUGAGACGAGCACUGGAACAUCAACCACUGAAACUGCAAGCGCUACGUCAAGCGGGUCAGAGCCGACCGGAAGCUCUGCGACUGUUUCUCCAGACAAUGGAAAUUCUGGUAGUCGCCUGUCAAUUGACUUUGGCAUGUUGAGCGUCUUGGUUGCGGCUUAUGCAAUCAUGUGA